CAUUCAUACCUCCCACUUGGAGGCGAUUCCCUAUAUAUACGUUCGACCAUCUUCCUGUUGAGGGAGCAUUCUUGAUUUUACAACAAGCCUACCAACUGUUCUUCAAUUUAUACACCAGCUUCUCUUUUCCACACGUACUACAGAGACAACCACAACUAUGGCCGCCUCAGUAAAGUCGUUCCGCGAGCUUAUCGGAGUCGCCCCUUCGACAGUAUCAGUCAACGACUCCACACUUAUCAUUAUCGACGCUCAAAAUGAGUAUGCCAACGGCCAUCUAAAGACAGUCAACGUUGCCGAAUCACGCAAAGCCAUAUCCACCGUUCUUGAGAAGUACCGCAAGUCCACACACGGCGGCAAGAACAUCGUGCACGUUCUGCACGUCACACCACCCGGAGCACCCGUCUUCACAAGUGGCACCGAGCUAUCCCAGGAGUUUGAGGAGCUCAGUCCCAAGGCGAACGAGAAGAUCGUCGAGAAGAAUUAUCCAAGUUCUUUCGCAAAGACGGAUCUUGCUGCUUACUUGGAAGGCUUGGGUGACGUUGGCAAGAAGAUCGUCCUUGUGGGGUACAUGGCCCAUGUUUGUGUGAGCACGACAGCGCGGGCUGGUGCUGAGUUGGGAUAUGAUGUCGUUGUUGUUAAAGACGCCAUUGGUGAUAGGGAUAUCCCUGGUGUUGCGGCUAGCCAGCUUGUUGAUGUGGUUAUUAAGGAGUUAGCUGAUGCUUUUGCGACAUCCAUUAGUAGCGAUGAGAUCCAGGCUUAAGCGUGGCGAGUUAAUGCUAUAUUUAUCGUCAAUGAAUAUCAAUGAAUACAUUUGUAGUCUUGU